AGCGUAGGGCACAUGAUAUGGCAGCCAUAUUCUGUUCGUUUUGCAAUAACACAACGAGAAGCAACGUAACAUCAGUUUAAAUGCUGAAGUAGAGUCGAUCCGUUCCAGGUUUCGUUAUCUGGAUUUAUUCAUUUAAGUUAUAGUCACCUAAUAUUAACAAAAAUGUCUUCACGGAAAAAGGUGCUGUUAAAAGUCAUUAUUCUUGGAGAUAGUGGAGUUGGUAAAACAUCACUUAUGAACCAAUAUGUGAACAAAAAAUUCAGUAAUCAAUAUAAAGCAACCAUAGGUGCUGAUUUUUUAACGAAAGAAGUUAUGGUAGAUGAUAGACUUGUAACCAUGCAGAUUUGGGACACAGCCGGCCAAGAGCGUUUCCAGAGUUUAGGUGUAGCAUUUUACCGAGGAGCGGACUGUUGUGUUUUAGUAUUUGACGUCACUGCUCCAAACUCAUUCAAAACAUUGGAUAGUUGGAGGGAUGAAUUUCUAAUCCAGGCCAGCCCACGUGAUCCGGAAAAUUUUCCCUUUGUCGUUCUCGGAAAUAAAGUCGAUUUAGAAAAUAGGGCGGUAUCAGCGAAACGAGCACAGCAAUGGUGUCAUAGCAAAAACGAGAUUCCGUAUUUUGAAACGAGCGCAAAGGAGGGUAUCAACGUUGAGCACGCGUUUCAAACAAUUGCCCGAAAAGCUCUGGCACAGGAAACCGAAGUCGAACUUUAUAACGAUUUUCCAGACCAAAUUAAGCUGUCCAAUGACAGCAAACCGAGAUCAAGCGAUUGUGGCUGUUAAAGCGGAAAACAUUUUUUUUACAAUUCGACAAUAUAAAAACUGGCAUUCAUAUCGAUUAUUCAGUUGCUUUUAGUUUAGACCAGGUUAACUAUUUUUACAACAAAAAAAUCACCAUCUUUGUUACAAUUUACUAUUAGCAGCUGAUUUGCUUACCUCGGGGAAAUUUUUGAUAGUUUUCUUUGUCGACACUGAGUAUGAGCAAGAAAAUCUUGUGAUUUUUAUGUACUCGCAUAUUAACUGUUGUUCUUUGUUAGUUUUUUAUACACGUUUCAAUCUAAAGCACACUUUGUCAACAUAUUUUUUUGUUUAUAAUUUGUUUAAUUAAUAAAUGAAUGAAAAUUUACCGGAAAAAAGUGGAAAUAUACGAAUAUAUAUGGAAAAUGUCUUGACAAACAUUUUUUAUGUUCA